AAAAAGGGGAUAAAAUUUUUUUUUUUUUCUCUUCAGUUGUCUAACUUUACAAAGUUCGCGAACUGCUUUAUUGGUGCAAGUUCAAAUUAUAUAUUUCAAUUAUCCGAAUAUAUUUUGGGAAAAUUUUCCGCGAAGGAAAAUUCAAUUUUGUUGUUUUCUUGUUUUUCUUCAUAAAUUUCGAAGAUAAUCAACCAGAUAAAAUAUAUCACAUCAUAAAAACGCAUUGUCGCACGUACGUUUUCACGCUCCAUCUGGUCGCUAUUCUGGUAUCAAGUAUUUAGGUGCUAGCCCAUAGGCGCACAUUCUCUAUUUUCCUCACUUCAUAUUGGCUCUCUUGUAUACGCAAUUAAUUUUUUUCAAAAAAAAUGUCCGAUAAAACACGCCGUAAUUCCGCCUUAAGACAGAGUUCUUUGAACGAAAUAAACACCCUCAAACAGUUAGCCCUCGAUGCUCAGAAGGAUAAAACUUUUUUUAUUAAGUUCAAGGUACGAUAUACUACUAUCGAAGAUAUUAAGGAUGAGUUCUUUAAGUGUCAUAAUGCGCUCUUGGGAGCUUUGGCAGCUGACAAAGAUUAUAAUUUAGGAGAUGAAGACGCUAUUAAGGUUGCAUUUUUGGAAAGUUAUUAUGAUAUCAGAUCUAUUUACACAUCAUUAUUUCACCAAGAUCCUUUCAACACUACAGUUAAAUCUCAGUCCGACGCACCAGCUCAUUCAGAUACAGCUCAUGUUAAAUUGCCCAAAAUUCAACUGAACAAAUUUUCCGGUGAUAUUCGUGAUUUUCCCAGCUUUAAAGAUAUGUUUGAUGCUGUAGUGCAUUCUAACAAUAACAUUCCGCCAGUAGAAAAGUUCAAUUAUCUACGAUCAUCUCUAGAAGGUACACCUUUGGAUUUGAUUAAAAGACUUAACGCAUCAUCAGAUAAUUAUCAGAUCGCCUACGAAACCUUGGUGAAGCGCUACACAAAUCCUCGAGCGCAAGCUCGCGCACAUUGGUUGGAAAUAGAGAAUUUUCCGAGCUUAAAAUCUGAGAAUCCUACACAAUUACGAAAAUUAUUAGAUACUUUCGCCAUUAAUUUAGAAAGUCUUAAAAACAUGAACGUCGCAGUUCACUGCGAUUUUAUUUUGACACAUAUGUUACUUUCGCGAUUAGAUCCUGACACAUCCCGAGCUUUUGAAAGAGAACAUGGAUCAACUGCUAUACCCGCAUAUGCCACGGUAUUCCAGUUUUUAGAAGAAUACUGUAACGGUUUGAUCAGUUUGAAUAGCACAGUGUGUGCGAGGAACUCCCCGAGUAAAUCUACGCCACUUAAUGAUAACCGUAAAAGAAACUCCUUUAUGGCGCAAACAAAAGCGCGAAGUCCUAAAUGUGUUAUAUGUCAAUCAGAUCAUCCAACUUAUAAUUGUUACAAAUAUUUAGAGAAAUCGCCCCGAGAGCGGCACCUUCUUUGUAGAACUCAUCAUUUAUGCUUUAGCUGUUUAAGUAGUUUUCACGACCUUAAGAAUUGUAAAUCGUCGUCAUCCUGUCGAAAAUGCAACAGUAAAACUCAUCACACCACUUUACAUUUCGACCGCGAAGGUAACACAGUCGACGCCACUGCUUCUACUUCAGAAACCCCGAGAGGCGGACGCGGUCUGUCCCCGACACGGAUGGUCAUGUGCGCUCGAAAUUUCCCGGUCUCAUCGAGACCUCAAGUCUUGUUAUGUACUGCACUGGUGGAAAUUCAAACGGGAAAAGGACAUUUCAAGCAAUUUCGCGCAGUUUUGGAUUCCGGUUCGGAAAUUUCGAUAAUUUCUCAGAAAUGUUUCUCCGCUCUGAACCUUCGUAGUUCAUCGUGUAAUACCGUGAUAAACGGAAUAGGUAAUCAAACGCAAUUAGAAAAUUUAGGUAAUGUUGAAAUUUUUGUAAAACCGGUUGGAUUAAGCGAUCCAACAUUUGUUAUUAACGCCACAAUACUUCCAAAAAUAUGCGAGAGACUUCCUUCACGCAAAUUACUUCCGCAAUCGUGGAAUUAUUUAGAUAAUUUAAAGUUGGCAGAUCGCAAAUAUUAUCAUCCCGGAGAUAUCGACGUUCUUUUAGGUGCGGAUGUGUUUUCAAGAAUUUUGAUGGGCGAACGUAUUCAAGGUCGAAACGGUGGUCCAGAUGCACUUAACACGGUUUUCGGAUAUGUUUUGAUGGGAAAAAUUUAUAACAAUACUAUUUCUUCUCGCUCGGUUCAUUCUUUAAUUUGCGAAACACAUUGUUUGAAUGAUCUGAAUGAUUCAAUGAAUAAAUUUUUCGAUUUAGAAUCGGUACCAAUUGUUGAUGGGGGUUCGAAGAGUGAUAUUUGCGAGGAUAUUUUUAUAAAUAAUUUUUAUAGAACUCAUGAAGGUAGAUAUGUUGUUCCUCUUCCGUUCAAGGAAACCUUUCCUCUGUUUCCUAAUAGUCGGGAUUUAGCCGUGCAACGAUUCAUGAGUCUUGAACGUCGUUUGUUGAGAAGUCCCCAGUUAUAUGAAGAGUAUUGUUCUGUGAUAAGGGAGUACUUGACUUUGUCUCAUAUGGAAAUUGUCGAACCUGCGGAGACUAUGCAUAGCUUUUAUUUACCCCAUCAUGCCGUGUUACGACCUGAUAAAUCGAGUACUAAACUUAGAGUUGUAUUCAACGCCUCUGCAAAGAUUUCCAAUGAUUCGAUGACCUUGAAUGAUUUUCUUCAUGUUGGUCCAAAGCUUCAAACAGAUAUAUCAUCAAUUUUGAUUCGUUUUCGAUUGAAUAGAAUUUGUUUUACCGCGGACAUUAAGCAAAUGUACCGACAAAUUUUGGUAGCUCCCGAAUUCAGAGAUUAUCAACGUCUUAUUUUCCGCUUUUCAUCCUCAGAUAAGUUAAUGGAUUUACGAAUAAAUACGGUGACUUUUGGAUUGAAUUGUGCGCCUUACCUUGCGUUGCGGACCUUACGACAACUCGCGAUAGACGAAAAGGAAUCUUUUCCUUUGGCUUCGACCAUCCUAGUGGAGGAUACGUAUAUUGAUGAUAUAUGCAGCGGAGGUGAUUCUUUGCAUGAAGCGAAGAAUUUGCGCGACGAACUCAUCGCAUUGUUGGCAAAAGGGGGUUUUGAAUUACGCAAAUGGGCGAGUAAUGAGCCAAGAUUAUUGGAAGAUUUAACAGAAGAUUCGAUCUCAUUUAAUCCUAUGCCUUUUGAGUUACAACAAAAUGCUUCCAUCAAAAUUUUGGGUCUCUACUGGGAUUCAACUAGUGAUUGUUUCUUCUAUAGUGUCAAUCCAAUUGACCGCCCUAUUACUAAGCGGAAUCUUCUCUCCGAGUUAGCGAGAAUUUUCGAUCCUUCGGGAUUUCUUGCACCUGUUACAUUUUUGUGUAAGUACCUAAUACAAAAGUUAUGGCUUUUAGGCCUCGACUGGGACGAGACCCCAGAUCAGGAAAUUUCCAGAAUUUGGCUGAAAUUCAAAGAGGAAUUACGUUUGUUAUCCUCAGUUAAAAUUCCUCGCUAUUUUGAUUUUGACGCCGAUAAUGUGAUUGAAUUGCACGCCUUCACUGACGCCUCGGAACGCGGCUAUGGUACUGCGGUUUAUCUUAGAGUCAUAAAAGCUGAUAAAAUCCACACUUUUCUUUUGUGCGCAAAAUCAAAGGUAGCUUCUUGUUCAAAAAAGAUUUCUAUAGCUCGGAUGGAACUUUGCGGAGCCGUUUUACUUACAAAAGUGGUUCGUUGGGUUCAGUCUGUUUUAGAAAAUAAAGUAAAGAUUCGUAGCCUUCACGCAUAUACUGACUCACAGAUAGUUCUUGCUUGGUUAAAUGCAAAUCCGAAUCGGUGGCAAACUUUUGUGGCCAAUCGUGUCGCAUACAUUCAGGAAAAUGUAGAUUGUUCCUGUUGGAAUUACGUGAAAUCUCAACAUAAUCCCGCAGACGCGGCAUCUCGUGGACUCUAUCCGUCGGAACUCUUAAAUUGUGAAAUUUGGUUUCGCGGCCCUGCAUUUUUACAGGAAUCUAGUUGGGAGUCAGUUGGGAUUGAUUUACAAACUAAUGAGGAAGAACGGAAAAAUGUUCUUUUUGCGAUCCAGGAAUCGAAUAUCUUGGAUAAUUUGAUGAAUAAUAUAUCAUCUUUUUCUCGCCUUCAGCAUAUUAUUCUGAUAAUAUUACGCUUCAUUUUCAACUGUAGGAAUCCCCUUCAAAAAAGUGUUGGGUUUUUUACCUCAUUCGAAUUAAGCAACGCUUUGAAAAUUUUGAUUAAGCGCACUCAGUCGGUUGCCUUUGCCUCGGAAAUUUCUGAUAAUAAGUUUUCAAAACCUCUUCGAAAAUUAAAUGCUUUUUUUGACGAAGACAACAUAAUACGGGUAGGGGGAAGAUUGACAUACUCUGAUCUUUCUUACGAUAGGAAGCACCCUAUUUUACUUCCUAGAAAAGGACGUUUCGUCCAGUUAUUAAUAGAGUUUUACCAUAUCAAGAAUAUGCACGCCGGUAGACAAACAACGCAAUUCUUGAUAUCUCAAAAGUUUUGGAUUUUGUCCGCUCGUCGAGCAAUAAGAUCGGUGUUGUCGAGUUGUAUGAAAUGCUGGAAAACCAAUCCUACUCCUUGGCAACCAAAAAUGGGUAAUCUACCAUUGCCUCGUAUAUCGCAAGUUAAGCCGUUUUUACAUUCAGGCGUUGAUUAUGGAGGUCCCUUUUCAAUUUAUAUGAAUAGAUACAGAGGUGCCAAAACAUGCAAAGCAUAUAUCUGCCUAUUUGUAUGCAUGGCAACUAAAGCCUUGCAUUUGGAAUUGGCAUCUGACCUGAGCACUGACGCAUUUAUGGCUUGUUUGAGACGGUUUGUUUCGCGACGGGGAAGGUGCGCUCACCUUUACUCGGAUCAGGGUACCAACUUCGUAGGAUCUCGCAAAGAAAUUCAUCAUUUCCUACCAGGAAAUGCCCCUCACCUUGGGGGGUUGUGGGAAGCGGGUAUAAAAUCCGUGAAAACUCAUCUGAAACGGGUCAUAGGCGAACAAAUCCUUACAUAUGAGGAAUUUUAUACCGUCUUGGUUCAGAUCGAAGCGGUUUUGAACUCGCGGCCUUUGACUCCAAUGAGUUCUGACGUUAAUGAUCUGUCAGUUUUGACAGCAGGCCAUUUUUUAACACUCGAGCCAUUGCACGCUAUACCGGAUCAGGAUGUUACUGAUGUCCCUAUGUCUCGUCUCAAAAGAUGGCAAUUAAUCCAGCGAUUGCAACAAGAUUUCUGGCAAAGAUGGAAACGCGAAUAUCUACAUACGCUCCAACAAAGGAGUAAAUGGUUAAGUAAUACUGACGCACCGACUAUAGGGACUUUAGUACUUAUUAAAAACGAUAAUGCACCCCCUUUGAAGUGGGAGAUGGGACGAAUCUUGCAAGUCCAUCCCGGUUUGGAUAAAGUGGUAAGAGUGGCCACCGUCAAGGUGCAGCGAGGCACCAUAACCAGACCUUUAGUCAAGUUAUGUCCCUUACCGGUUGAAGCUUGAAAGCGUUAGUUUCAAUUAAUUUUCCUUCCAUUUCUUAUAUUUUUUUUUUUUUUUUUUUUUUUUACGCAAAGUUUCUGGUUGAUUAACUUCACACUUUUGAGCGCUCGUUUUUUUUUCUUUUGAUUCACCAUAUCUGUACGGGAUAUAGGGUAGCAUCGGUUUUUUUCUCUUUUUUUUAAGGCCACGUUUCUUGGUGUGUCUUUGUGGGGGGGGAGUAUGUUUUGAAUUCAUGAAAUUGGAAUUUUAUUUGUAUUUUUUUCAUUGCGUGAUCUAUGGUUUGCAUUCUUCACUUUGUUGGCAGUGAGGGCGAUAAACAGAAUCGCACUCCAUAUGGUUUACAACUGAAAAUUAUUCUUCGGAUAAGAAGUCAGUUGAAUUCACGCAUCCACGGGUGACACGUUUCGUUGCGACCGCCUUUCACGCUGUGUUUUUCGAAAGUUCGAUUAAUUUAGUAUUUGGACCGGAGUGAUUUCCAACGGCCUAGUUAUUUCUGGAGUAAGAAGAUUGGGAAAUUCCCGCGCUACAACUGGCAGCUCAGAGGGCCCUCUUCCACCUUGUACAGGAUACCACCAAGGUAAGUGCGCUUCUUUUGGCCCAAUUAUUAUUCCUGCCUUGUUACUUCACUCAGUACAAACAUCGCCUAUAGAUCACGCAAA